GGCGGCCGCCGCCGCUGCCCCCGGCCGCGCCGCCGCGAUGGUGGCUCGGGCCGCGCCGCGCGCCCCGCAGGUUGAUGAAGAGGGAGUGCUGUGACUCCGUGCCCGUGCUACUCAUUCCAGGGCCCCCGGGCGGGCUGUGAGCGCGGCCGCCGGUGCCGGUGCCGGUCGGGCCGCCCCGCCGCGCCGCACGGAGCAUGCCUCUGAGCCCCGCCGGCAGCAAACAUGAGAACCCGGAGUCGCCGCCGCCAGAGCCGCCGCCGGAGCGACAGCCCCGCGCCGGGGAGCCGGGCGCCGGCCUGCGGGAGGAGACGCGGCUCGACCCGGCCCGGGGCCCCUCCGGGCCCCGCUCCCCCAAGCUGGCGGCAGCGGCGCGCAUGGAGGAACCCGCGCCCGGCGCCAUCGUCGUCCGCAUCGGCAUCCCCGACCUGCAGCAGACGAAGUGUCUGCGGUUGAAUCCGGAUGUUCCCGUAUGGGUUUCCAAGCAGCGCAUCCUCUGCACUUUGAACCACAGCCUGAAGGAUGUUCUCAACUAUGGGCUCUUCCAGCCGGCCUAUAACGGCCGGGCCGGAAAGUUUCUGGAUGAGGAGCGCCUGCUGAGGGAGUACCCCCUGAAUCCGGACACUCCCGUUCCGUACUUGGAGUUCCGGUACAAGAGGCGUGUGUACACCCAGACUCUGCUGGAUGACAAGCAGUUUGCCAAGCUCCAUACGAAGGCAAAUCUGAAGAAGUUCAUGGAGUAUGUGCAGAUGCUGAAUGUGGAGAAGGUCUGCAGGCUGCUGGAGAAGGGACUGGACCCCAACUUUCAUGAUCCGGAUACUGGAGAGUGUCCCCUGACGGCGGCAGUGCAGCUGGAGCUCAGCACUGACAUGAUCAAGGCCCUGCGCAACGGGGGCGCGCACCUGGACUUCCGCACGCGCGAGGGGAUGACGGCGCUGCACAAAGCCGUGCGGUGCCGCAACCACGCCGCGCUGCUGACGCUGUUGGACCUCGGUGCCUCCCCGGACUACAAGGACAGCCGGGGGCUGACGCCGCUGUACCAUAGUGCUAUGGUGGGGGGGGAUCCCUACUGCUGCGAGCUCCUCCUGCACGACUACGCCCGGCUCGGCUGUGUGGAUGAGAACGGCUGGCAGGAGAUCCACCAGGCAUGUCGCUACGGCCACGUUCAGCACCUGGAGCAUCUGCUCUUCUAUGGAGCUGAUAUGACUGCACAGAAUGCCUCAGGAAACACCGCUCUUCAUAUUUGUGCUCUCUACAACCAGGAGAGCUGUGCUCGGGUUCUCCUCUUCCGCGGUGCCAGCAAAGAGAUUCGCAACUACAACAGCCAGACAGCAUUCCAGGUGGCCAUCAUUGCAGGCAAUUUUGAGCUGGCUGAAAUCAUCAAAACCCACAAAGAGUCUGAUGUUGUGCCUUUCAGAGAGACGCCCAGCUACACGAAGCGACGGCGGCUGCUGGGCGCGGGCGGCCUGUCCUCCCCGCGCGUGCUGCAGCGCUCGGCCAGCGACAACAACCUGAAGGCCGAGAGCCGGGCGUCCUACUCGCCGGUGCCGUCGCUGCGCAGCCUCCCGCCGCAGCUGCUGGCGCAGAUGCAGGAGGCGGCGGCAGCGGCCGCGGAUGGCAGCGUGGGGAGCUCCGGCAGCGAGCCCAGCCAAGGCCGAGGUGUGCAGCUGCUCCUCUCACCCUCUGGAGCAGGGUCCCCGGCGGCCCGGCGGGGCCCCCGGCCCGGCACCGAGCCCGCGCCGCACGCCGCGCCCGCCCCGCUGCGCGGGCCCAAGCGGAAGCUGUACAGCGCCGUGCCCGGCCGCAAGUUCAUCGUGGUGAAGAGCUACGCGCCGCAGGGCGAGGGCGAGAUCCAGCUCAACCGGGGCGAAGCCGUCAAGGUGCUGAGUAUUGGCGAAGGUGGCUUUUGGGAAGGAACCGUGAAGGGCAGGACUGGCUGGUUCCCGGCAGAAUGUGUUGAGGAGGUGCAGAUGCGACAGUAUGAUUCCCGGCAAGAAACCAGAGAAGACAGAACAAAGCGCCUCUUCCGACAUUAUACUGUGGGCUCUUAUGACAAUUUCACCUCUCACAGUGACUACAUCAUUGAGGAGAAGACGGCCGUGCUGCAGAAGAGGGAGCAUGAGGGAUUCGGGUUUGUAUUGCGAGGGGCCAAAGCUGAAACCCCAAUUGAGGAGUUCACCCCGACCCCGGCCUUCCCUGCGCUCCAGUACCUGGAAUCAGUGGAUGUGGAAGGUGUCGCUUGGAGAGCAGGGCUUCGCACGGGGGACUUUCUGAUCGAGGUGAAUGGCGUCAACGUGGUGAAGGUGGGGCACAAGCAGGUUGUCUCCUUGAUCCGGCAAGGGGGCAACCACCUGGUGAUGAAGGUUGUUUCCGUCAGCCGCAAGCCAGAAUCAGAAGAAGUUGUUCGGAAGAAGGCUCCGCCGCCUCCCAAGAGAGCGCCCAGCACCACCCUGACGCUGCGUUCCAAGUCCAUGACAGCCGAGCUGGAGGAGCUGGCCUCCAUGCGGAGAAGAAAAGGGGAGAAGCUGGAUGAGAUUCUGGCAGCUGCUGAGCCAGCGCUGAGGGCAGACAUCGUCGAAGCAGAUUCCAGGGCAGCCACUGUGAAGCAACGACCAACAAGCCGGCGCAUCACGCCAGCAGAAAUCAGUUCACUCUUUGAACGCCAGGGCAUGGCUGCACACUCGGGGGUCCUUGCGGGAGCUGAGAAGCCCCAUGUGUCGCUGCGCAAAGGAAUUCCACGGACAAAAUCUGUAGGUGAAGACGAGAAACUUGCUGCUUCUUUGCUAGAUGGGAAGUUUCCCCGGAGCACCUCGAUGCAAGACACUGUUAGGGAAGGACAUGGGAUUCCACCACCACCUCAAACAGCCCCACCCCCACCUCCUUCUCCAUAUUACUUUGACACAGGCCCCCCUCCAUCCUUCUCACCACCUCCACCCCCAGGAAGAGCUUAUGAUACUAUAAGAUCAAGCUUUAAGCCAAGCCUGGAGGCCAAACUCCAUGGACUCCCGCAAGUCCUUAGCGCAGCUGAGAUGUAUGAUCAGACAAGGACUUCCAUUCCUUACCCUGAAAGGCAAAAGAGGGCCCGAUCCAUGAUAAUCCUACAGGAUUCCUCUCAUCUUCCCGUGGAGCCAACAGAGAUCCCCCGCCCUGGCCCAUCUGCGACUCCUCCAGAGAAGCUGAAGAGGAAGGGAAGAGUGAUUGACAACCCUUAUGCCAACAUGGGUCAGUUCAACGUCAGCCUGUUCGCUCCCACCAAGCCACAGAGGAAGAAGAGCCCUCUGGUUAAGCAGUUACAAGUGGAGGAUGCACAGGAGAGAGCAGCACUGGCCAUCACCGGAGGGUUUUCAAGGGAGCCCUCUCCCACCCGCAGGAGCCAUCGCCUGAGUGGGGUGGAAUAUCAGCACCAUGCCGGCAUUGCUCAGGUUGAAGCCACAGGCAUCCCCUUCGCCACUGCCAUCGCUGGAGUCAUGAAGGACAGAGACCGUCGUCUGGAUGAGAGGCGGAAAUCCACUGUCUUCCUCUCAGUUGGGGCUAUUGAGGGCAGCCCCCCCAGCAGCGACAUGCCGUCCUUGCAGCAGUCCAGGUCUAUUGAUGAGCGGUUGUUAGGAAGCCGAGAUGUUCUACUGCCUUCCCCUGUCUCAGCUUUAAAGCCAUUGAUCAGCAGCUCAUCCUCAACGUUCAUCCACCCCCUCACAGGAAAGCCCUUGGAUCCGAACUCGCCACUGGCGCUUGCGCUGGCCGCAAGGGAACGAGCCCUCUCAACUCAAGUCCCAUCCCGGUCACCCACCCCAAUCCACAGCCCAGACUCAGACCGAGCAGCACCCCUCUUUGUGGACAUCCAAACCAAAGAACCAGAGCGGGGGGAGUUGGAGAGCUUGGUGUCCCCUGCGUACUCUCCUGGAGGCAAAGGGGUGAUCGGAACAGACUCUGGGACUUUGGCCCCUACAAAGAGCCCGUGGGGGACUCCAUCCACGCUGCGGAAAGAAACCGAGGCCAGAGCAGAAACCCCAGGGAAGGAGGAGAAGAAACAAGAAGACAAGAAGUCCAUGAUUAUUAGCAUAGUGGAUACAUCACAGCAGAAGACCGCUGGCCUCAUCAUGGUUCAUGCCACAAGUAAUGGCCAAGAUGAGAUAGGACUUGAGAUAAAAGAGGAGACACCGGCUGUCGCUGAAGCAUGCACAGAGCCAGCAGAGUCCCCCAAAGCAGAGACGCAGCCCAGCCCCAUGGGAAAGCCUCCGGUCAGUCCAGCCUCUGACAAGACGUUGGGACAAGGGAGUUCGGAGGAAGAAGUGGAGCCCUACACGGUCACCCUACCGCCAGCUCAGCUGUCUUCAAGCGACGAAGAGACCAGGGAGGAGCUAGCCAAGAUAGGGCUGGUGCCUCCACCAGAUGAGUUUGCGAAUGGGGUACUGGUCACCACCCCUGGCACACCAGUCAGCCAUCUGGCUACGCCCAGCACGCCAUCCAUACCAGCGGCAGCAGUAGCACCUUCUACCACUGGCGGAACACCCUCAGGGAAGCCCUCUGAUGCCCCCGUAGCCCCAGAGUCUGCUGCAGACUCAGGAGUGGAAGAGGUGGACACCAGAAGUUCAAGUGACCAUCAUCUGGAGACCACAAGCACCAUCUCUACAGUCUCCAGCAUGUCUACGUUGUCCUCAGAGAGCGGGGAGCCUACUGACACAUACACUUCCUUUGCGGAUGGACAAACUUUUAUACUCGAGAAGCCACCAGUGCCUCCAAAGCCAAAACUCAAGUCCCAGCUCAGCAAGGGGCCAGUUACUUUCAGGGACCCACUUUUGAAGCAGUCUUCGGACAGCGAGCUCAUCUCCCAGCAACAUGCGGCCACUCUGGCAUCAGCCAGCAUUGGCCGGCCACGCUACCUCUUUCAGAGAAGGUCCAAGCUAUGGGGGGACCCCAUGGAGAGCAGGCCAAUCCAUGGGGCUGAUGAUGACAAGCCAACUGUGAUCAGUGAGCUAAGUUCCCGACUACAACAACUGAACAAGGAUACACGAUCACUGGGGGAGGAACCAGCCGGGUCCACGUUAGAUCCCGGGAAGAAGUCACCGGUGGUCGCGGCACGACUUUUCAGUAGUUUAGGAGAACUCAGCACCAUUUCCCAGCGGAGCUCCGGGACCACCUACACAGUCCGACCUGGCAGUCGCUACCCCGUAACCCGACGUACCCCCAGCCCCGUGAAGCCGGCUCUGGAUCGGACAGAGCCCCUCAGCACCGUUCGGCCCUACGGUCUGACCCCUCCCACCAUCCUCAAAUCUUCCAGCCUCUCCAUCCCACACGAGCCCAAGGAGGUGCGCUUUGUGGUGAGGAGCGUGAGCGCCCGGAGCCGCUCCCCAUCCCCGUCCCCCUCACCAGGGCCACCCCUGCACACCCUGCACCCGCCUCGGCCCUUCAUGCAGAAACCCCUCCAUCUCUGGAACAAGUACGACGUUGGGGACUGGCUGGAAAGCAUCAAUUUGGUGGAGCACCGAGACAAGUUUGAGGACCAUGAAAUAGAGGGCACGCACCUGCCUGCCCUCACCAAGGAGGACUUUGUGGAGUUGGGGGUGACCCGGGUUGGGCACCGGAUGAACAUUGAGCGGGCACUCAAGCAGCUGGUAGACAGCUGACCGUCCCCGGCAGCGCUGGCCUCUUCCAGAGCCACCGUGGGGAGGGGAGGGUGUUUCUACUAGACUAAUAAAACCCACUUUGAUUCUCUUUCUACUCUGAGCACUGCACUGAAGGGCGCGGAGCCAACAGGCUCCCACCCGCUCCCACACCGCCCCUGUGUGCCACGCACACGCCAACCCCCUGCUCGGCCCCGGCGACGCCUUCGGGACAAGGAAUGUUGCAUGAAAUACAUCCUCAUUUCUGUUCCUCCCAGAGAGUCUGGCCUGUAUAUCGCUUGAUGUGCUCUUCCCUAUGGGCGUCGCUGGUGGCCGGCACGGCCGAGGUACCGCGUGCUGCCAAGCCCAGGCUCCCCAUGGCCAACAGGCAGCACACGGUCGGGGUGGGCAGUGGGGCCAGGCCGGCGGCACCAUGAGGAGCCGGACCCCGGCUUAGGGACAGGGUUCUGGUGGAGGCCAAGCGCUGUCUGCAUUGCCUGGUGUGACAGGCAGGCAGGGGUAUGGCAGGGUGGUGAGCGCACAGUGCGUGCCACUGCGCUGCGUCUCAGGCAGGUCGGGGUGGCCUAUGGAGACCCCGAGCUGCUCGGAGCCGGCACAGCAGGUCAGGGGCUGCUGCAGGAGGCAGGCAGUGCUGGCUCGGCAGAGCAGGCAGGAGGCACCAUGGCUGCAGUGGUGGCCCUGGUCCCACUGGGAUCUGAGGCAUCUGGCCGAGCCAGGUCAUCCCACUGGUGCUCUUGAUGGGAAGGGCUCCAUCAUGGAGAGGUCUUGGUGGCUGGGUGGACGCCUACAGUGACACCCAGACCUGCUCCCUCCUGUGCUGAGCUGCACCAGGAGCAGCCCAAAGAGUGAUUCCCACCCAAGAGACACUAGCCCUGGACUCCGUGCUGCUGCUCUGCCGGUCAUCCUCAGACACCCUGCUGAGAGAGGGACUGAUACCGCAUGGAUAGAAGCAUGUUUGGGGAUGGCGGAGGGAGGCUGGUGGGGAAUCCAGCAGAAUACGCUAUGCCAACCUUCAGUAGGGGGGUGGGGGGAGGGAGAUGUUUUAUUUCCUCUUGGUUUGGGGUCUUUGUUUCCAAGGGGGACACAUUGAUGGAUAAUAUUUAAUCUCCGUGCAGUUAUAUAGAGAGCAGCUGAUGACCUACAAGAGAUGAUACUGAACUACAGGAUUCCCACUCCAUCCUAGUCAUCCUUAUUUUGCAUCUUUUUAAUCACCUAUAUAUUUGAAAAGAGAGAACAAAUAUCUAUAUAUCUAUAUCUAUAGUUAGAGCCACCUGAUUUUGUUAUAGUUUUCCUAAUCUCUAUCUGUAGACGUGCUGAGACGCUGGGAGGCGGUGCCCACACCCCUCCCUGGGGCGCCCACGGCACCGGCUGUUUUUAGCGACUGAAUGAAUGUUAGAAGUCUUUUUAAAAAAGAAAAGAAACAAAAAAACAACCCCCAGCAGCUCCUUCCGGACACUUGGGAUUUUAAUGAUUCAGAAACACAAAACUCAACUUGGGUUUUUGGGACACACCGAGUCUUCCACCCUCACCAAGGCAGAGACGUGGCAGCGGGUCCCUUGGCCAUCACCACCAUCACCACCAUUGUGCCUAGCGCUCCGCUGCCAGCCUGGUCACCGGGGUCCCCCUGGGGCUGCUCCUCCGGAGCUGCCAUGGGGGUCCAAGGGCCAGGCUGGAGACACCAUGGGGUGGUGGUGCCAUGGCCAUGGGGGCACCAGGUCAAGCUGGGCUUGGCAGGACCCUCUCUGUCUUCCAGUGUCUUUGGAGGACCCAGGGUGACCCAGUCCAGCUGUGGCGCUGACAGAGGCGGCGUCCCUGUCCCCAUUGUGGUGCCUGGUGCCCCACAUGCCCUCUCCUCUCUGUGCCAUCCCCCAGAGGUGACCAGGGCUCAUCUAGCCAGCUCUGGAGGGGAUGGCUUUGUCUUGGUGACUGGUGUUCCCAAAAAGCCAAGUCCCCCACAAAGGCAUUAACUCUUCUGGUGCUAGAGGGAAGGACAAGGAGGUUCCUUCUGACCCUCACACAUCUCCAAACCUUUACAACCUUCAGCCAGGGAAAAGGGCCAGGGUGGGGGUGGCAGCCCCUCCAGUGCACCAGACCCUCCCUGGGAUGGGUCCUGGAAUGCUCUGGUGCCGUCACCUUUUCCCUGAGCUCCUGCUGGGUGCGUGCCCAAGUGGCUCCAUCCAGAACUCUCCGGAAGCCACCGGGCCUGUGGGUUCGGGGCCUCUCCACCUCCCCAGUUGCCAUCCAGCAGCCCAGGGAUGGUGAGAGCUGCUCCGAGAUGGACUGGCGAGCAAACAGCCCGCGGUCUAUGCCCCAGGGCACACCAGGCCUCAGGGCCCGUCACCCGGUGAGCCAAGAGGCGCCCGAAUGGCAACAGCAGCCACCGUGUCUGCCUAACCCCUCCACUCACUUUACCUGCUGUGCCCGUUGCACCCCAGCCUGGCAGUGUCACCACUGCCCUGCAUGACCCAGAGCAGGACGGGACAUGGCAGACCUGGCCCUGCCCCUUCCACCUCCCUGCCCAGCUCAUCACCCCUCUGCCAACCAUGCACCACACCCCCUCCAUCCACCCCACUGGGCCCCAUCACGCACCUUCCUCAUAGCUGGCACCUUCAUCCCUCCUGCGCACCUCCCACCUUCAUCCUCCUCAUACCUGGCACCUUCAUCCCUCCUGCGCACCUCCCACCUUCAUCCUCCUCAUACCUGGCACCUUCACGCAUUGACUCCCCUUCACCAGCCCCUGCAUGCCUCGCCUGCGUGCAGCAGCAUGUGCAGCAGCAUGUGCAGAUACAUGCGCAGCAGCACACACAGCCGCAUGCACCCACUUAUCACCCUCCAGUGCUCCAGCUCCUUUGCUUGCGCUUGGCAUCACCAUGCACUCUGCAGUCACGAGGGCUUGCUGGCAUGGUCCUGCAUGGGCCCACAGACAUCCCAUGCCACCAGCACAGUUGCUGCUCUCCUACUGCCGCCACUGCUGCAGCCACUGCUCUCAUAUCCCCCAGCCAUGAACUGAACUCGCCGCUUGUCCCCUGUGACCAGGGCUCAGCUCUCCUGGCUGAUGCAGCUUCUCCAGCUUCCUGCCUGGCAAAGCAGCACCAGCACAUCCCAGGAUGCCGUCGAGCAUCUGGCUCUUCUGCAUCCCUGCCUGGCUUCAGCCGUGGCUGCUGAAUGCUUGCAGAGCCUGUGGUGAUCCCACUCUGGCUGCAGGCUCUGUGUGCCCAAGGGCCAAGCCUCCGCACUGCCGAUGGCUCAUCUCCUGCCCGCCUGGCCAGCUUGUCCCACCACCGCCUAUCACCUCCUCCCUGCUUUGCUUCAUUCCCAUCACACUGCUGGCUGCUUCCCCACCUCACCCGCAGGUAAUGGAGACCCCAGCAGCCCUCGGAGACACCGGUGUCCUUUGGACACCCUGGAGGUCCUCGUGUCCCAGUGCAGCCCCACAGCCUGUCUGCCCCACGUGUCCCCUUGGGAUGGUGGGUGGCUUUGCUGGAUGCUGCCCUGAGGAGCCACCAUGGCCCCUCAGCACGACCCUUGCUCCCGGCAGCACUGGUGGUGGAAGUGAUGGUGUGAGCCUGAGUGCAGGCUGCCCGGCGGGUUCCCGCUGGGUCAACCAGGGUCUUGGCCCCUUCAGCAGCUGUUUUUGGGGCUACGAAAAGAGACCCACCUGCACCCGCCUCUUGCUGCAAGAGGUCAGAAGUCUGCAGAGUGAAACUUUUCUGCAGAAAGUUCGGUCUGGGACCAGGAAAGCUGGACGCCUUCUUGCCAUUUCUUAGGAGCCCUCUUCUUCCUCCUCCUCCUUCUCCUCUUCCUUUUCCUCCUUCCCCCUCUCCCUGAUCCCCUCUGCUGCCCUGAUCCUCCUUGCAAGGGCUAGAAAUGGUGGAUGCACCCUCUGCCGUGGCAGAGCUGGCGGCUGUGUCGCCCUGUGUGCACCCCAGCUUCCGCCACCAAGCAGCUGCAGCCGUACCUGUGUUGGCGAACACUGCGUGUUCCCUCGGGAGCCGAGGGACACCACGGCUCGUCCCAGUCAGGCUUCACACGAAAGAAGGCAACUUCCAACCACACUGCCCAGGGGCUGCCAGGGGCUGCCGCAAACCUGCUCCCCUACACCAGCAUCAUCAGCUUCAUCACCCUCCCACCAGCGCUGCACCCUCCCCAUGUCCUCUGCACCCAUGGCAGAGCCGGAUGAGCGUGGGCUCAGGGCACUGGUAGCGGCACCAUCCCCAGGCAGCACCAGGGUCACCGUCCUGUGCCCAUCUGUACUCCUCGAGCCAACACUCCCCCAUGCCACCGGCUCAGGGAUGGCCAUGUCCCACACACCUGCAGCACCCACGGUCAGGUCACUUGCCCCAGCAGCGCAGUGCCUUUACUGGGGAUACAGGGUUGCCCAGUGGCUUUCGGACCUUGGGUGGCCCAAUGGCCUUUGGAGCCUGGGUUGCCCAAUGGCCAAAGGCCAAGGUCUUCUCCCAUGGCCAUUCCCACCCCCCAGCAGAACCGUGCCCCCGCUAAUGCAGCUCCUGCUGCUUUACUUUGAUUUUCUUGGCUGAAACGAAGCAGAUUUCCCCAGUGUAGAUAACGCUUCCCGGGCUCUGUAUCUAGACUGGCCUCAUUGGCAUCUCUGCUCCAAACAUCUCCAGACCCAGUGAGACAUUUCAUUUGGAAAAGCCAUCGGGGAGAAGGCAGAGCGGGAGCGGGCAAGGAACCAACCCCACAAGCCUGCGGCCCUCGGCCGCGCUGUCCCAGUGGCGCCGGGACCGACCGCGCGGCGGUUACUGUGAUUCUCAUGGCUUCUCAAUGACUUGGUUAUCUUCUGUAAAAAGGGAUCCACUCUUUUUUGGGGGGCUUUGAAGGGGUUUUUUUUAACAGUUGUUGGUAUUUUUCCUUUGUCCAGACUAACGUUGUCACCAACCCUGUUCUCCAUCAGCUCCUGUCUGUAAUUCUGACUGUAAAAGAAGAGAAACCAAAACCCAAUGCACUUUGUUCCUGGUGGUGAGGAGCUUCGCCAGCCAAACCCCAUCUCCAUCCAGCGACAAAGUGCGGCGUGGUUUUCCAUCCUUCCUCCUGCGGUUUUCCAUCCUUCCUCCCACAGUUUUCCAUCCUUCCUCCUGCAGUUUUCCAUCCUCCCUCCUGCGGUUUUCCGUCCGUCCGCGGUUUUCCUCCCUCUGGUCCGCCCGUGGGCAGCGCUCACUGCCGCAUGCAUGUGUCACCCGGGCGCACUCACACCCACUGCAUGUGCACAUACCGGCUCCCGCCCUCGCACGCGCGCGUGCGGCCGCACACACACACACACACGGCUCGAGCAUCCACACUCUUGUUUCUCACCCUGACGGACUCACCUGUGGGUUUUUGUUCUGUUUUUAAUUUUACAGGGUCAGUUUGACUUCACCCUUAUUUUGUAUGGAUCUUUCGGAGGAGUUUUCUCCUUCUCCGGAGUCAUGGAGGUGUAGCCAUUCGCCUCCCACCCUUGACGUUGUGAUACACAUACCCCACAGAGAUCUAUGUUUCUUAUAUUAUAUUAUUAUUAAUUAUUAUUAUUAUGUAAUAAAUUUAUAAGAAAGCUCCA